AUGUCGCCACUCAUGGAGCUGCCAAACGAGCUGAUCCUCAACAUUGUUGAGCAGUCAGAGGAUGCCGACUUGCCUAGCUUGCGCCUGACUUGCAAGCGGCUCUCCGCCAUCACGGCCACCCCCUUCGCCAUCAGAAUCAUGUCAGAAAGAAACCACGUGGUUACUGAANAAAGCAUUGACGUCCUCGGCGAGAUUACCGCUCAUCCCACAUUCGGUCCCUACGUCAAGAGCAUCUUCCUAAACAUCGUCGAAGCCGGUUACGAGAACUUGAACGAAGGCGAAGCUGGACCUAUCUGUGGCUGGACAUCUUUCGACAGACUCACCGAACUCGACAGCCACAAGCUCGAGGACAUCUUCAGAAACAUCAUCAAUCAUGGCAACUCUGGAAUCACCAUCGGUGUCACCGACAACUACCCCAAACAUCAACAGAGCGACUGUAUCUCCGAUGAGUUUUGGAGAAAGUCUGAGAAGCCCAGCUACGGCUGGUCUGGUCUUGGUAUCAAGGGAGAGUUCACUGACGAGAUCAUCUAUCCAGAAUACAUUGUGCAAUACAUGAUCGUCGCCGCUGUCAAUGUAGGUUGCAAGAUCAACUGCAUCGAGACCAGAGUUGUUGGUCGCGCCAUGAGCUGCAAGGACAAGUCCCCUAGCUACGUUGGUCCAGCUAGAAUGGAGACCCAUGACGAGUACCUGAUGGCAGUCACAGAGUUCCAUGCGCUGACUGGAUGUACCAUUCGUACUGUCUUCGGAAACGAGGUCUCCAAGCAGUCUCAGCAACCUCUUACAACAGUCAACUUCGUACUUGGCACUAAGCCCAGCGACCUGGAACAGAUGCACGCCAACGACAGUCCUUUUGUCAAGGAAUUCCUUCGCCAGCUCAUCGGCGAUCUAACCGGUGACGAUCCUGACUUGUCGCCCUUCUGUUGUUGGAUGAAUCAGCCUAAGCUUGUCAACAAAGUGAACAACGACGAGUUCUACUUCGGAGAGGGUUUUGGUCUACACUGGGUUCGUCCUGGAAAGAAAGUCUUGGAGUAG